GCCAUUUGUUUAUUCGAAGAAUGAGCAAUAAUGUUUUAUUAAUUAUAUUAAUAAUAAGUUUAAGCAACUCAGGCAAUGGGACACAGAAGACACAAUGUGACGGUGCUGAACACACAACUUGUCGUGAAACCGAUGGAAUAGACCCAAAUCAGGUCGCAAAACAUUCUAAAAUUACUCAGAGCAUACAAAAUGCUUUAGCCAGCUAUGAGCCAUGCACUACUGAUGUAAAUGACGUUAAUUGUACCUGCUACGCCGCGGGUAUCAAACGCGACCUGGCGCCGUAUAAAUCAACAGGUGUCACCCGAAAAAUGAUUGACGACGCCGCGAAGUAUGGCACGCGGUACAAAAUCUAUAAUAAGCAGCUGUACCGUGAUGACAAUUGCAUGUUCCCCGCACGCUGCCACGGAAUUGAGCACUUUCUUCUACAGUUGCUGGCCGAGCUACCCAACAUGGACUUGGUGAUCAACACACGAGACUAUCCGCAACUGCAUUCUGCUUGGAGACACGAUGGGCCAGUUUUUUCCUUCUCAAAGACGAACGAGUAUCGGGACAUUAUGUACCCCGCCUGGACGUUCUGGGCAGGUGGACCUGCCACCAAAUUGCAUCCAACGGGCAUCGGACGCUGGGACUUAAUGCGUACAAAGCUGGAGAAGCGCUCAUCAAGUUUAUCUUGGCACGAUAAGCAAGAACUUGGCUUCUUUCGCGGCUCACGCACCUCGGAUGAGCGCGAUUCGUUGAUAUUGCUUUCGAGGCGUAAGCCACACCUUGUUGAGGCACAAUACACUAAGAAUCAGGCCUGGAAAUCACCUAAAGAUACUCUUGAUGCACCACCGGCAAGUGAAGUGUCCUUCGAGGAUCACUGCAAAUACAAAUACUUAUUUAAUUUUCGCGGUGUGGCUGCUAGUUUCCGUCUGAAACAUCUUUUUAUGUGCAAGUCGCUUGUGUUCCAUGUAGGCGACGAGUGGCAAGAGUUUUUUUACCACCAACUGAAGCCCUGGGUCCAUUACGUGCCACUGCAUAGUUAUCCCAGCCAGGAAGAAUACGAAGAAUUGCUAACCUACUUUAAAAACAAUGAUAGCCUGGCCCAGGAAAUAGCUCAGCGUGGCUAUGACUUCAUUUCGCAGCAUCUGCGUAUGCAAGAUGUAAAGUGCUAUUGGCGCAAGCUGCUGAAACGCUACAAAAAACUGAUUAAAUACGAUAUAGAACCCGAUGCUAAAAUGCAACGUAUAUGGGGUUUCAAGGAUGAACUAUAGUUAGAUAUUUAACUUUUAUCUUAAUCUUUAAUGUUAAUUUUUGUAAGAAUUACUGAACAAUAAAAUAAAUAUUUCACG